AUGGAAGAAUUCUCCUCUUUUCCAAUGGAGAAACCAGGCAGGAUUAUCAGAAGAUCAAUCUUCACUUUUCUGCAAAACUAUCAGUUUUUCACUUCAACGGCAGCAAUCUUGGUUUUUCCUUUCGCGGGUUCGACUCUCGUGUCUCAAGCUUCCUUGCCGUCGUCUCCCUUUUUCGCAUUAGUCCAUGGCCGCCUACGAACCCUUUUCCUCGCUGCAGGCUUCCCUCCCUCGUCCGACUUGUUCAAUAUUCUCAAUCUCAAACUCUCUCAAACCAUUGUCACAUUUCUUCUUGUACUCCCCUUUAGUCUCACUUUUCUCCUCUUUGCUAAGGCAUUGAUAAUAAAAGCCCUUUUCUAUCAAGAAAAUAGGCAUUUUUGUUCUUGGAACAAACUUUUCAAAUCCCUUUAUCUCACACAAAUUAGCAACUCAUUAGUCAUCCUCUCUGCAAAUGCUACUUGUUUCUCUCUUCUACUCAUCGCAUUCAAUUCUUUCGAUAUAUUAGGCCUUUCUUCUCCGAGACACUUCCUACUUCUCUCAGCACUCGGAAUAAUUAUCUAUUCGGUAAUUCUUGCCAAUGCACUCGUCUUAUGCAACUUGGCAAUCGUGUUGUCGGGAAUGGAGAAGCGCGGGGGAUUUACAACGAUUCUCGAGGCCUUUUUUCUGAUACGGGGUCGAACUGGAACAGCAUUGUCAUUAACCCUGCCUUUCAAUAUAGCCAUGGCUUCAAUCGAAGCUUUGUUUCAAUACCGAGUUGUAAGAGCUUAUAACAGCGCUGUUUUUCCCAAUUCAUCCAUGGUCUUCGAGGGCAUUUUCAUUGCCUACUUAUACGCAAUCCUAGUCGUCCUAGAUACCGUCGUUGGUUGCACGUUUUUAAAGAGUUGCAGAACAGAAUUCAAGAUUGAUCAGGUGAAUUUGUUUUCAGAAAUCAAAGAGGAUUAUCCAAUGCCAUUCAUUUUACACUCAAAUGCUGUCAAUAAAGUUGGUAAAGGUGAUUAUUUAGUGUUGAUUCAAGAAAGUUGA